ACAGGGCGGGGCUUGUGACUGACAACUUCAGGUUCUGUUGUUGUUGUUGUUGGACGUGGUAAUGUAGUUGAAUCAGGAAGUCAGCGCAAAUUCCAAAAGUAAAGCCUCGAUUCUAAAAGAACAAAUACUAGUAAACGCUGCUCAGAAGAAACCGCCUUGACAGGCACAAAGGAGUGCGGACCGUCAACAUGAGUCCACUUGUCCGGCUCAUCGUAGUGGGAGCAGGUUGUCGAGGGGAGAUCUACUCUCGCUAUUCAAUCAUCCACCCGGACCGUGCGAAGAUUGUUGGAGUAGCUGAUCCCAGGAAGUUUGCCCGCACUAAGUUCAAACAACUGUACAGGCUUGAAGAAGAAAACCUGUGUGAAGACUGGCGCAUUUUAGCUGAAAGAGAGAAAUGUGCAGACGCUGUUAUAAUUUGCACGCCAGACAGCUUUCAUAGGGAGCCUGCAGUGGCUUUUGCAAAGAAGGGCUACCAUGUUCUCCUGGAGAAACCAAUGGCCACAACAGCUGAAGAUUGCAUCGAGAUUGUGAAGGCUUGCCGUCAGAGUGGUGUGAUGCUGUGUGUGGGUCAUGUUCUACGAUACGAUCCCAACUUCCGCAGGAUAAAGGAGCUGAUUGACAGCAAUGUCAUUGGUGAUGUGAUCCACAUUCAGCACUUGGAGCCAGUCGGCUUUUAUCAUUUUGCUCAUUCCUACGUUCGUGGAAACUGGAGGAAUGAAGCGGAGAGCUCUUUUUCUCUUCUGGCCAAAUCAUGCCACGAUAUUGACUUGAUACAUCAAUGGGCUGGAACACGCAGGUGUUUGAAAGUGACGUCAUUUGGUUUCGUCAGCCACUUCAGUCCAGAAAACAAGCCAACAGGGGCUAGUGAUCGCUGUUUGGAGUGUUCAGUUGAGGAUACCUGUCCAUACUCGGCAAGCAAAAUCUACCUGGACAGAGUGAAAAAGGGUCACAUUGGCUGGCCAGUGUCAGUCAUCUGCCCCAACUCUUUGCCAGACAUCGAGACAGUAACUGAGGCUCUGAGGACCGGACCGUAUGGUCGAUGUGUCUACGAGUGCGACAACGACGUCUGCAGCAAUCAGGUUGUUAACAUGGAGUUUGAAGGUGGUCUGACUGCAGCCUUUUCUAUGGUGGCUUUCACUGAGGAUAUCUGCAAACGUAAAACAACCAUCUAUGGCAGCAAGGGAGAGUUGUCAUUUAAAGACAACGAGAUUCGUGUGUUCGACUUUCUGACCCAAAAAGCCACCAAAUAUGUAGCGAACGUGGGUUGCCCUGUGAAGUUUGGCCUGUCCGGACACUCUGAAGCUGAUUACUGCUUGAUAGACGCCUUCAUUUCUGCUGUGACUCACAAUGAUCCAUCACUUAUCGCUUCUGGUCCUGAAGAGACACUGAGGAGCCACUUGCUGGUGUUUGAGGCGGAGCGAUCACGACGGGAAAAUAGGGUGAUUCACAUGGACCACUCUGGAUCUUUUAAGUAAUACCAUUGAGGAAAACAGUGAUGCUUUACUUCAGGAUUAUUCAGCAAUCAUGUUUGGACUUGAGUAUACUUGGAAUACGUUUGUGAUCAGUAUGUUAGUAUAUUCUGUUAAUGCUUAAUUUGUUUGAAUGCCAACUGGCUGUGACAUUGUUGAUGGGAAAAUGAAGUUUCAAAUGUGCUUCAUGAACCAGUUGUAUUUCUCGACUCCUCGAGACGGCACUGUCGGUUUAGUUUAAAAAAAAAAGGCAAAUCAGUGUGAUUUCAGCCCAAUGUUAAACAGACUGCCAUCCAGAGUAGGGAAAAAUACUUGUGGUUCAUGUAGCACAUUAGAAGCUUCAUUUUCCCACCAUAGCAUGCGCACAUUAGAAGCUUCAUUUUCCCACCAUAGCAUGCAGUCUCAUAUUGACCCAAAAGCAUACUUGAAGACUGUCAGAUUGAAUACGCAUAGACAGGGACUUUUUUGCACAUAGACAAUGACUUUUUAAGUGUAUACCUGGUGACUUAAUGAAGGACGUCUGAUCUAGUAAAAUAUUCUGAAACACCAA